CGCCCUUCUUAGGAUUUAAUGCCCGCCACUUGGGCGGCCCCCGCAGCUGCCUCUUCCGCCUUCGCCAGGCCGCCUGGGGUGGCCAGCUCCCCACGCUCCCCCCACCUCCGACCUCCGAUCUAGGACUUCCUCGUGGUAUAACUACAGAAAGACAGGCCAUCCAUUUAAAGCAGACGGCCAUCCUGAGACGUCUGAACCCAGACAUGCUCCCUGAAGCCAGUUCCCUGUGGCUCCUUCGGCUACUCCGGGACGUUCAGCUGGCCCAGUUUUACCGGCCCAUCCUUGAGGAACUCAACGUCACUCGGCCAGAACAUUUUGACUUUGUAAGGCCUGAGGACCUGGACAACAUAGGCAUGGGCAGGCCUGCCCAGCGCCGACUUAAUGAAGCCCUGAAGAGGUACCGGUCAGGAGUCAAGUCCAAGAAUUGGGUAUACAAGAUACUUGGGGGCUUUGCUCCUGAACAGAAGGAGAUCCCUCCACGCUCAGAUAGUCCUCUAUGCUUCCAUGAGCCAGAGGGGGGACUCAAGUGUCUGAUUCCAGAGGGUGCUGUGCGCAGAGGGGAGCUGCUGGGUUCAGGCUGCUUUGGUGUUGUACAUCGAGGGCUAUGGACACUACCCAGUGGGCAGAGUAUCCCAGUGGCGGUCAAGUCCCUCCGUGUGGGUCCGGAGGGUCCGAUGGGCACAGAACUGGGCGACUUCCUGCGGGAAGUAUCUGUCAUGAUGAAGCUAGAGCACCCACACGUGCUGCGCCUGCAUGGCCUCGUACUGGGCCAGCCUCUACAGAUGGUAAUGGAACUUGCGCCACUGGGCUCCCUGCAUGCGCGCCUGACUGCCCCCGCACCGAUGCCCCCACUGCCUGUGGCCCUGCUGUGCCUUUUUCUGCGUCAGUUGGCAGGAGCCAUGGCCUACUUGGGGUCCUGUGGGUUAGUGCACCGGGAUCUCGCCACCCGCAACCUGCUGCUGGCCUCACCUCGAAUGAUCAAGGUGGCGGAUUUUGGACUGGUGCGGCCACUGGGCGGCGCCCGGGGACGCUACGUCAUGGGCGGGCCCCGUCCUAUCCCCUAUGCCUGGUGUGCUCCAGAGAGCCUACGCCAGGGAGCCUUCUCGUCUGCCUCUGAUGUGUGGAUGUUUGGCGUGACACUCUGGGAAAUGUUUUCUGGAGGUGAGGAACCCUGGGCAGGUGUUCCACCAUAUCUCAUCCUACAGCGACUGGAGAAGGACCGAGCCAGGCUGCCAAAGCCUCCCCUCUGUUCCAGGGCCCUCUACUCCCUCGCCUUGCGCUGCUGGGCCCCACACCCUGCAGAUCGGCCUAGCUUUUCCAACCUGGAAGGGCUGCUUCAAGAGGCUUGGCUUUCCGAAGGACGCUGUGUGAGGGAGGUCACAGAGCCAGGUGCUUUGCGGAUGGAACCCGGUGACCCCAUCACUAUCAUUGAGGGCAGCCCGGACACUGCAACCUGGAAAGGCCAGAAUGGCCGGACCCUCAAAGUGGGCAACUUUCCAGCUUCCGCAGUGACACUAGCAGACUUGGGGGGUUCACCAGUCACCCAUCCAGCCCACAGAGCUUCCCCUGCCCAUGGAGAGAAAUGCAGAGGGGGCACAGAUGGGGACAGGGAGAAGGCAACGUUACAAGACCUACCCCCAGCACGGAGCCACAGAACGAAGAUGCCCCUGCAGAGGAUGCGAGGCAUUUCCAAGAGUCUGGAAUCAGUUCUGUCCCUGGGCCCUAGACCCACAGGAGGUGGUUCAAGUCCUCCAGAACUUCGGCUUCCAAGAGCUAUGCCGCAAAGACUCCCAGACCUACCUCCACGCCCACCAGACCUGCCUCCACGCCCACCUAUUAUCUGCAACUCUUCUCAGCACACCCAGCCCCACAAAGCCCGGCCCAAAAGAGAAUCCUCACAUAAUCACCGCACUGGAGCACCUGGAGCCAGCAAAGCCACUGUCCCCUCUGGAGGUCCCUUGUCAGACCCCGAGUGGCAGAGGAAGAUUGUAGAGGUAGAGCUGAGUGUGCAUGGUGUCACCUACCAGGAGUGCCAAGUGGCACUCAGAACCACUGGGGGAGAUGUGGCUUCUGCUAUCCGGAACCUCAAGGUAGACCAGCUCUUCCACCUCAGUAACCGGUCCAGAGCAGACUGUCGUCGCAUCCUGGAGCAUCACCAGUGGGACCUGUCAGCAGCCAGUCGCUACAUCCUAGCCCGGUCCUGAACUCUGUAUCCUCAGGGAUGGACACCAGCAUGGGAUACCUGGUCCACCUAGGGCUUGGCCUUACGGACUAAUCAGAACAUGAGCUCUUGUCGGAGGCACGCUGAGGGAGAUGUACCUGCUGUGAGGAGUGACAGGAAGUGUAUAGGGCACUCAGGUACUGGCUAGUGCUUCCUCCGGGCCCUGCUUCUUGGCCUCUGAAGGGACCAAGACGGAUCAAGUCCACUCUGCCUAUUAUAUUCCCAAUUGAACAGGACUUGAAAGAAAAAGCUUUGGAGGAGGCCUCUACUCACUACAGACAAGGAUCAAGUAGCCAUACCGGAUCACGGACCAACCGUCAGAACUGUCAUUAGCUACUUCCCUAAACUCUAUGGGGCACCCAACUUAGAUAUUGACUUGGGGGCUGCUCUGGUUUGGUCCAGAAUCACUAUGGGUGAUGAAAACUAACUUUUUGGACUCAAGGACUUUUUUUCCCUUUAAUCCAAAUAGUAUAGAUUAUACAGGCUGACUGACGCUAGCCAGCAGACGCCACUCCCUUUGUGUUGUCUGGUAUUUACCCUCUCCCAUCACAUCCGGCUUCUACUGUU